GGUCAGCAGGGCGGGCGCAUCUCAACUAGUUGAACGUGCAACCAACUUUUAGCAAGGCAAACAAUUGGACCCAUUGCUAGUUGCACUUGCACAUCCAUGUAGGAUAGGCGACUCUCCAACAGGAAACCAAGACCUGCAAGUUAAAGGCGCCUCUUCUCUGGUUGGCAUCCAGAUCGCUCCCCUCUGUGUCUGGCGUUAACCCGGUUUGCACUGCUGCUGCCCCUUAUCCCAGGACUAAUUUAAGACAGCGCUUUGAACCGUGAGCCUAUAGUCAACUUGGGUUGAGGGUUGUGAAGGUGUUAGGUGCGCUGCUCAGUUAGUCCGCGGAGCCUGAUUAGAGUUUGGUCGCAGAACUACACCAACAACCAAAUAUUUUCAAUACAUAAGGAUGACUUUGAAGCAGGAUUCCAGCAUGGAUACAGCCAGCGACUGUAUCGGGGAAAGUAAGCCCGUGUGUCAGUGUGCGCCCAAGUCCGCGGUCCAGCGUUGGCUUCCAGGUUUUCCCAUCGUUCUGUGUUUGCUGAUGUCCCUGAGCUCCAUCACCGUGUGUCUUCUGAUGAGCCUCAAGACCUACCAGCUGGAGAACCGACUGCAGCUGGAGAUGGACAAAGCGUCCGUCUUCCAGCCGCCGCAAAGGGCUUGUCUAAACGAGGAUGGGACCCUAAUUCCAGAGCUGGGCACUUCCAUAGGGAGGCUCGUGGAAGAGAAAGUGGAUGUGCUGAUGCCAAAAUUUCGGACUACUAGGGACGUUGGCCAAGAGUGCUCCUGUCCUCCAG